GCGGCCGGCCAAUCGGCGCACGAGCCCCUCUAUAAAAACGUUUUGUAUGCUUUGAGAGUUUCAUAGAAGCAGAACAGAUCUGAAAGAUUUUGAAGAGCUGGACCUUACAAACUUGAGCUAGGGUCUGAAAGAGUGUUUUCUGAGGUGUUUUGUCCCGGAGAAAAAAAAAAAAUGGUGCUUGCAGAAAUCCCAUUUUUAGGUCCUAUCUCGGUGUCGGAGAGUCUUGUGGCCAUUAUAACAAUAUGCACAGUGUAUCUUCUCCUGUGGGUCUCUCGUACCAAAAUUCCUGAGGGUCUGCGGCCACUUCCAGGGCCGAAACCUCUCCCUCUGAUCGGAAACGUCCUGGAGUUGGGAAGCAACCCGCACCUGAGUCUGACAACCAUGAGCAAACGAUACGGCCCGGUUUUCCAAGUCCAGAUAGGCACACGUCCUGUGGCAGUGCUGGGUGGGAUUGAGGUGGUGCGCCAGGCCCUGAUCAAGCAGGGUGAAGAGUUCGCCGGACGUCCUGACCUCUACAGCUUCCGCUUCAUCAGCGGAGGGAAGAGCCUGGCAUUCAGCUCCGACCAGGUGGGUGUAUGGCGUACACGUCGCAAGCUGGCCCACAAUGCUCUGCGCUCGUUCGCUACGAUCAAGGGUCAGACCGCUGAGUACUCCUGCGCCCUGGAAGAGCACAUCAGCAAAGAGGGGCUGUACCUGAUCGAGAGACUGCACAGCGUAAUGGAGGUUGACGGAGGAUUCGACCCUUUUCGUCACAUCGUGGUGUCCGUGGCCAACGUGAUCUGUGGCAUGUGCUUCGGCCGGCGCUACAGCCACGACGACGACGAGCUGGUCAACCUGGUAAACAUGAGUGACGAGUUCAACCAAGUGGCGGGCAGCGGAAACCCAGCCGACUUCAUUCCCUUUCUGCGUCUUCUGCCCAGCACGACCAUGAAAAAGUUCCUGGAAAUUAACGAGCGCUUCAAUGUGUUCAUGCACAAGAUCGUCAAAGAGCAUUACGACACAUACGAUAAGGACAACAUCCGGGACAUCACAGACUCGCUCAUUGAUCACUGUGAGGACAGGAAGUUGGACGAGAACUCCAAUAUCCAGGUGUCUGACGAGAAGAUAGUAGGAAUUGUGAAUGAUCUUUUCGGAGCCGGUUUUGACACAAUCAGCACAGCUUUGUCCUGGUCUGUAGUUUACCUUGUGGCCUAUCCUGAGAUUCAAGAGCGACUACACAAAGAGCUGAAGGAGAAGGUUGGAAUGGACCGUAUGCCAAGCCUGGAGGACAAAACAAACCUGAUCUAUCUCGAAGCUUUCAUCAUGGAGAUUUUCCGUCAUUCCUCCUUCCUUCCUUUCACCAUCCCGCACUGUACCACGAAAAGCACAUCACUGAAUGGAUACUUUAUUCCCAAAGACACAUGUGUCUUCAUUAACCAGUGGCAGAUCAACCAUGACCCGGAGAUUUGGAAAGAGCCUUCCUUGUUCAACCCCGACCGCUUCCUCAGUGCUGAUGGCACUGAGCUCAACAAGAUGGAAGCCGAGAAGGUGAUGAUCUUCGGCUUGGGCAAACGCCGGUGUGUUGGCGAAGUCAUCGGCCGCUCUGAGGUCUUCCUGUUCCUCGCCAUCCUCAUCCAAAGGUUAAAGUUCAGCCCCAUGCCAGGGCAGAUGCCAGACAUGACCCCUGAGUACGGCCUCACCAUGAAGCACAAGCGCUGCCUAUUGCGUUCCAAGCCAUGGCCUGGUUUCGAAACUCCUUUAAAAGAGAAGCUCUCAUUUAGUACAGUGACACAAUCUAAAUCACAGUGCUGUGGCUGAAAUGUCUGACGCUUAUCAGUCUUAAACGCAGUUCAAAAUUUUCUCAGAAUGUAGUCACCAAGCUGCCGGAAGAACAAUUUAUAUGAUAUUGGUAUAGACGCUGUGUUUAUAUCUAGUAUUAUAGGUAUUUUGUAUCACCUAGGAAUUGAGUCGUGGCUAAUUCCAGGCUGUACCUCAGGUACCAUGCUGCAGUGGUUCUAAAUCUGAUUCUGUGUAACUUAUUUUAGCACGAAUCACAGACAGAACGAAAAGUGGCUGUUUCUCUGAUUAAGCUUCAUUAAUAUAGAAAAAAUAUAUGCAGUAUGUUUAUUUUUUAAACAUGUUCAGUACUACUGACUGUUUUCUUAGAUGCUACGAUAUAUAUAUAUAUAUAUAUAUAUUCAGUAUACAAAGAAAUAUAUAAGGAGAAUCUUUUUUUUUCCAUGAACCAUAGCAUCAACUGCUUUGGUGAGCAACACUGAAGUUCGUUUCAAAAGGAUAUUUAAGCUUCAUCCCAAAAUGUGAUCCACACGCUCAUGUGCUGUAUUACUGACCAGUCUUCUAAUGUGCCUUGUCUUCUGUUCGGACGCUAUGCUGAAGUUUUGUAUUGAGUUAAUUUAGCGAUUUAUCUCAGAGAUAUUGCUUUCGAAAUAGGUAGAACCGAUAAGCCGCUGGUUUUAAUUUGUAUAUGUGUGUAUAUGUGUGUGUGUGUGUGUCUGUGUGUUGGAAAAAUGAAGGAAUUGAAUUUAUAUAUAGUUGUAACUUUCUGAAGUAGGAAAUGAAAUUCAUUAUAAUAAUUAUGCUUUUUUUUUGUACUCUUGCUGUUGCGUGGUUUUGCCACUCUUGGAUUCAUUGGCUAAAAUAAAAACUAAGAGAUGAAUUUAUAACCAA